ACUGUCAGUGAAGGCGGUCCGACUGAACUCCCGCGCUCUCCCGUCGCGGCACUUAGCUUUUCUGGUCCGAUUUUGCCGGGGCCAUGGAAGGGGUCGCGGCGAUCACGGCAGGCAACGCGGGAGCUGCCACGGCGGAGGGAGCCGCAGUCAUGCCGCCGCCGCCUCCCGUGUCCCCACCUGCCCUCAUCCAGCCGCCCGCGGCCGGCGAGGAGGGCCCGGCUCCUCUGCCCGAGGUGGGGGCUCCAGGCUGCUCCGGCUCCCGGCCCCCUGAGUUGGAGCCCGAGCGCAGCCUGGGCCGCUUGAGGGGUCGCUUCGAAGACUACGACGAGGAGCUGGAAGAGGAUGAGGAGUUGGAGGAGGAAGAGGAGGAGGAGGAGGAAGAGCUGAGCCACUUCUCGCUGAGGCUGGAAGGGGGCCGGCCGGACUCUGAGGACGAAGAGGAGCGCCUGAUUAAUCUUGCUGAGCUGACACCAUAUAUCUUGUGUUCCAUUUGCAAGGGUUAUUUAAUAGAUGCAACUACCAUUACAGAAUGUCUUCAUACGUUUUGUAAAAGCUGCAUUGUAAGACAUUUUUACUAUAGCAACAGAUGUCCAAAAUGCAACGUAGUUGUACAUCAGACACAACCACUUUACAAUAUAAGGUUGGACCGACAAUUACAAGAUAUAGUGUACAAAUUAGUGAUCAAUCUAGAGGAAAGAGAAAAAAAGCAAAUGCAUGAUUUCUAUAAAGAAAGAGGUCUAGAAGUACCUAAACCUGCUGUUCCACAGUCAGUCCCUUCAAGCAAAGGAAGAACUAAGAAAGUCCUAGAAUCAGUGUUUCGUAUUCCACCUGAACUUGACAUGUCUUUAUUACUGGAGUUCAUUGGUGCUAAUGAAGGCACGGGACAUUUUAAGCCAUUGGAAAAGAAGUUUGUUCGAGUUUCAGGAGAAGCCACUAUUGGACAUGUAGAAAAAUUCCUCAGAAGAAAAAUGGGUCUUGAUCCAGCUUGUCAGAUAUCAUCUGUGGUGAUCACUUGCUGGAGCAGUACCAGACUCUAAGGGAGAUCCGACGUGCAAUAGGUGAUGCAGCAAUGCAAGAUGGUCUGCUUGUCCUUCAUUAUGGUCUUGUGGUUUCUCCUCUGAAAAUAACUUGAAGAUGCUAGGCAUAUUAUGAGGAAGGAAGCAAACAAAGUAAGGAAAUUUCUACAGGACUGUAUUUCACCAAAGAUUUCCCAAAACAUGUAAUCACUACCACGUUGUGCUGUUCAAGACAUACCUUAUCUAUUUUCAGCGCCAAGAAUCCUAGGUACAAUUGGAACGAAGGAAUGCACCUGUUUCACUAGAGACUAUAUGUGAAAAGCACUAGAGCUCAGGGGAAUUUUUCCAAAACAGCAUAUUUUAAAAUUCCAUAUACUUUGAUGUUGAUUUUUGCUUCCCAUCUUUGAGGUAAAGUGAUCACUGUUUUUUCCUUUGUUGAGCCAUAUCCCUUUAAAGUUGGCAGUAAGGAUUCUGUUCUGUGGAACAGCAUCAGUUGGACAGUCAUCCUCUUGGGAAAAAGAGGUAUGCUUUUGAAUGGGAGAAUCAAAGCCAGUCUUUGUUAAACCACAGGGUAUACUCUCAAAAGACCAAAACUACUGGCUGCUUUUGUAUUUGCCAUCAUAUUUUAAACUUGUAGAGUUUUUUUUCCCCCCCUUAAACCAGCAAUACUACUAAAGAAAUGUUUGUUCAUAAAAUGGAUGAAUUAUCAUUACCUGUGUGAAGACACUGUGUCAUAAGCCUUCAGUGUAAUAAGACUUCUUAACAUAUCUUACAAUAAGAGGUGCUUAUUUGUGAUGACAUAUUUAAUUUUAUUUGCAUACAUAGUAUGAUUUGUUGAUAACUUGUAAUGGCACUCCUUCUGAAAGUAAUAAUAAAACAUUUCAGGUGAAUUUCAGAAGUUUACAGAAUACUUUUUGUUUCCUCAGCAAGUCAGCUUAAUAUUCAUUUUCCCCUUAUUUUGUGACUGGGAUAAAGAAUAAGAAUGUUUGAGAGCUGCUUACUUUUAUGCAGACUUCAAUUUUGAACAUUAUUUUGCUUAAAAUUAGCCUCCUGAUUCUUUCUAAAUGAAAUAUUUUGUAGCAAAAUUUCCAAAUCUGUAUAAACUUUAAAAAUUGGACAAGGAUUGGCAAUUGUUUUGUAAAGAAUCUGUGAAUUGUGUAUAUAUCUCUUCUAACAUUUAAUAAAAAUUUAUUUUAGCUUA